UAAUAAUAUUAAUGGUUUGGCUUAUUUAAAGGCAUAUGCUUGUGAUCCUGUCCACUCAAUUUUAGCUUUUAAACCAACCGUAGACUAAAAUUAGCACCAACAACAACAACAAAAAAACAGAGAACGGCAAAGAAGGGUUCAAAUUAGCGAGUUGUUCUUCCGGUAUCACAGGUCAACUCAUCCGAGAAGAAGCAAGGAUUCAAGAAAAUCCACGGACACCGACUGAAAAACUAUUACAACAGAAAAGAAAUCAUGUCUCACACCAUCCUGCUGGUGCAGCCCACCAAGAGGCCCGAGGGAAGGACGUACGCCGAUUAUGAAUCCGUCAACGAGUGUAUGGAAGGAGUGUGUAAGAUGUACGAGGAGCAUUUAAAGAGAAUGAACCCCAACAGUCCAUCGAUAACGUACGACAUCAGCCAGCUGUUCGACUUCAUCGACGACCUGGCGGACCUCAGCUGUUUGGUGUACCGUGCCGACACACAGACGUACCAGCCGUACAACAAGGACUGGAUCAAAGAGAAGAUCUACGUGCUGCUGCGCCGUCAGGCCCAGCAGGCAGCAAAGUGAAGCCUCGGAAGGGGGGGGGCAAUAUUAUUUUUCCGAUCUGUAACUUGUGUUCAAAUGGUUUGAGUAACUUGUUUUGACUAAGUUUAUUAUUAUUAUUUUUUUUUAAAGAUUUUUUUGCUCAUGGGGAGGUGCAUUUUGUAUUUAAAUGUUUGCCUUAUUAUUAAAGA